AUGGCAAAGAGAGGUGCAAAGGUCUCAAAAAGAGGGUCUAAUCGUAGACAAGACCAGGAAGAAGAUGUUGCCUAUGGCAUGAAUGAGGUCGAUGACUUUGCAAACAAGAGAGAAAAAGUGCUACUUGAGGACGCAGGUCUUGAUCAAAGGGAACCAGAAGAUGAUUUUGAUCUUUCAGUGGAUGAAGAAGAAGAAGUGAUGGGAAUGUCAGAUGAAGAUAGUGAGGAUGAAAGUGAAGAAGUUGAAGAUGAUGAAAGUGAACAAGAAGAAUUAACAGGUGAAGCUGUGUAUAAGAAGGUUUUUGGUAGGAAAUUAGACGUUGGUGAGAAUGCAGAAGAAGAGAGUGGUACUAUGCUGGACAAUGAGAACGCAUGGGGUGCUUCUAAGGCAGAAUACUACGGUGCCGAUGACUUGGACGAUGAAGAGACUGCAAGAGAGAUAGAAAAGGAAGCUUUGCGCCAACAGAAGAAACAUUUGGAAGACCUUCAUAUGGAAGACUAUCUUGAGGAUGAAGUUGAUGAAGAAUGGGUAAAAGAAGCUAAGGAAUUCGAUUUAGGUCAAUUUAAAGAUCAAAAGGAUCAAGAACGUCCUACUGAAAUCUCCCUUAGGGAUGUUCUCAACAUGGACUUAGAGAGAAAGGAAGGUUUCUUGAAGACAUCCUUCCCAGAAUACCUUCCUUUAUCAAAGGAAUUCAGUAAAUUAUCACCCGUUUUAGACGAGCUGAAACUCAAACAAACUGAGGAGAAUAAUGAAUUGAUUCAGAUCAAAAUUAUGGCAUUAUCUUCAUAUCUUGGAACAAUUAGUUCAUAUUUUGCAGUUUUCUUAUAUGAAUUACAGAAUAACGAAGAUUUCAUUUCUAUGAAAGAUCAUCCGGUAAUGGAGCGUAUUUUGGAGUGUAAAGAAAUUUGGAGACAAGCUAGCGAACUACCGGACACAGAAGCAAUACGCUUUGAGCAAGACUCUGACGCUGAAGAAAAUAUUUCGGAUAUUGGUGAACUUGAUGAAGAACUAUUACAAGAACAGGAUGAACUGGACAGUGAAGCAAGUGCCAGUGACGAUGAGGCAGAAGAUGAGAAUGAGGACGAGGAGGGUGAUAUGGAAAGCGAAGAAGAAGAAAACUUUGAUAUCGAACUUUCGAACAGAGCUGCAAACAAAGUUCAGAAAGACAGGAUAUUACAAGACGUUGAUGACUUUGUUGAAGAUGAGAUUGCAGAUGUUGAUGUCCAAGAAAAGAAAACAAGGAAGAAGACGUUACGUUUCUACACUUCCAAAAUCGAUCAAAAGGCUAGUAAGAAGACUGAUAGAUUCAAAGGUGAUGACGAUAUUCCCUACAAAGAAAGACUUUACGAAAGACAACAGAGGCUACUUGAAGAAGCUAGAAAACGUGGCUUGCAUGAUAAAAAUGCGGCAGAUCUUAAUACGGAUGAUAUCAACUCGGAUGAUGAAAAGACUGCCAAAGACAUUAAACGUGAUGCCGAGAAUGAAUAUUACAAGAGCAUCAGGGCUGAUAGACAACACAAGAAAGAUUCCCGUCUUCAAGCACACAAAGAGGUGGCGAAAGCUGCUAAGGAAGGAAAAUUGGCUGAAUUGGCCGAACACAUUACAGAAGAUGGUAAACGUGCAAUCAACUAUCAAAUUCUAAAGAAUAAGGGUCUAACACCAAGAAGGAAGAAGGACAACAGAAAUUCGCGUGUCAAAAAGAGAAAGAAGUACGAAAAAGCUCAAAAGAAGCUCAAAUCUGUGCGUGCUGUCUACUCUGGUGGUCAAUCUGGUGCGUAUGAAGGUGAAAAGACUGGUAUUAAGAAGAAUCUAACGAAGUCUGUGAAAUUUAAAAAUUAG